AUAAAGUGUUACCGAACAAUCUGAGUGGUCUUUAGUCUGGGAGACACAGUGUCCAUAAUUUCCAAAAAGAAUUCCAAAUGUGGAUUCAUCAGACCAGAAAAACACUUUUCCACUUUACCUCAGGGCAUUUUAAAUGAGCUCAGGCCCAGAGAAGGUGGCAGCUUGGGGUAAAAAUCUUCUUCUACUUCAAGGAGGAAAAGAAAUUAAUAUGAUUACAUGGUGACAGAUGAGGGAGCUUGAGCUUGUCCUCAGACUAUUUUGUGGCCAUGAACUUUCAGAUUUUUACCAGACAUCCUAACACCUGGUGAUUCCUCUUUGUAACUUAGGUCAACUUUGUUUGGAGAGCUCAGUUUAUGAAUAAAAACAGCCAAAUCUGCUACAGAACAUAUGGAAGGAGGGCAGGUCUUGGCUCAGCUGAAGUAAGAGUGAACCAGAGAGCAAACAAAGAUGAGUAUACUGAGGAAGACUCAGCGACAUUUCAGUGCAACAUCACAUUUGACAUGGAGAAUGUUCAAAAUUGUGAAUUGGAAUGGGUAAUUGAGGAUCCAGAUAAUAAAGAUGAAAUAAUAGAGAUGCAUGAAUUGCUGAAGUUUAAAGGACGAGUUCAAAUCAACUCAAACAGCACCCACAGCUCCAUGAUCUUGAAAAGCCUGACAACAAAUGACAUGGAUGUUUUCCUCUGUUCUGCAACAUGUACCAUAGAUCAGCGAUUAAAAGUAAUGCUUGGGAAGAAAACCAAACUGAAAGUUAAAGGUUUUGGCUCAGUAAGCAUGAACCAGAGCACAAAUAAGGACCAGUAUACAGAAGGAGACUCAGCGCUGUUUCAGUGCAACAUCACAUUUGAUGCGGAGAAUAUUCAAAGGUGUUCACUGAAAUGGGUAACUGAGCAUCCCGAUAACAACAAAAUAAUAGCGAUGCAAGAACUGCAGAAGUUUGAACACCGAGUUCAAAUCGACUCAAACAGCACCCACAGCUCCAUGAUAUUGAAAAGCCUGACAACAAAUGACAUGGAUGUUUUCCUCUGUUCUGCAACAUGUGCCAUAGAUCAGCAAUUAAAAGUAAUCCUUGGGAAGAAAAUCAAACUUAAAGUAAAAGGUUUGUGUUUUUACAAGUUUAUUGUAUUUAUGUAUAAUGUUUCAUGCAUUGUGAGAAACGACUACAGGGAAUCUAAUUUUUUUUUCUCUCUCAGCACAAAUCCAAACAGAUGCUUGGCUGCACUACCUAAUCUUUGGCAUAAAUCUGCUGUUUUUCAUAGUUGCAACAAUUAUUUGUGUGUACAUUCAUCGAAGUCAUACAAGAAGAAGGAACGACACAGAUGAAUAAUGUUUCCCUUUUCUUACAAAACAAGGAGAGAACAAGGAGAGCGGCAAGUUCUCGUUCCCUCUCAGCUCUGGUGCUCAAGCUGCCCUUAAUGAGAGCCAGCUGAUUCUCAUCUGGUCGGCGUGAGCGCCUUUAAAAAGAGCUGAGAGGGACCAGAGCGAGAGAGGGACAAGCUGCGGCAACGAGAGACUGAAAAAACAGCUUGAGCCACUGAAAAGUGGCCGUCUUUGUGUUUGGUUUAUGUUGUGUGGAAAUAAAGAAAUGGCUGCUGCCACCGUGAAUCCUACUUCCAGCAUGCUGCUUGAACCCAGGGUAGCAUAUGCUGUGCUACACCUAAAUAUUAAAAUGCAUGUCAUUUUGUAAAAUAAGUAUAAUUUACAGUAAAUAUGUUUGGGCUAUUUUAUGUUUACCUGUGUGUUUAAAGAAAGCUUUUAUUAAACUUAAACCUGGAAUUAAGUUGUAAAUAAAUCUGAAACUGAAA